AUGACCAACCCAACUAUCAACUCUAAUCUCAAGUUCCUGAACAAGAAUAAGCAAAACGACGAUACUACGGAGCAAGCAGACAUCAAAGCCCAGCAGAAUCGGUGCUCCAGUCUCGUCACAUUACCGGUCGAGGCAAUGCCCAAAACUACCACUUCACGCCCCCCUCUCCUCGCUCUACCGGGCGAGAUCAAGUUGAUGGUACUGUCUGAGUACCUACCUUCCAACAAAUUCUUUGUUCGCCCGGAUUUCGAGAGAAAUCAGCUCCAUACCUUCGAUUUCGCGAAACAAGUCUUGCCACUCUUGAUGGCCAUUCCAGAACUGAAGUAUUUGGUAUACGACGUGUUGUUGAAACAGAAUAAGAUCCUAAUAACGACCUCUCCUCGUGGCGGCAUACCAUACCCUCCGGGGUGGAUAAACGCGCUAAUUCCGCGACUAUGCGUGCGCAUACACAUGACUGAGGAGGGUAUACAAUUUCUCCGCCAGCUAGCGACGGGGAAGCUUGGGUUCGAGAAGCUCGUCGAAAUCGAUAUCAGACUUACGGCCGCAAGGAUGAAAGUCAUCUCGACAGAACCUACACUCCUAACACGUCGGUCCAGCGAGCCUCUAGUACCGCAUGUCGCAGUGGUCUUAAAGAAUAUGGAGUCUAUCGUAUUCCCUUUCAAGACCAUCUCAGUAUCUUGCGCAUAUGCUGAUAACGUAGGCUACAGAGACAGCUGGAGAGAUUUGUCGGGUCGAGCAAGCAUACUAGGUGCAUUCGCAAACAAAAUACUGAGCAAGAUCAGCCUAAGCGAGGGAAGAACAAACGAGGAUGUUUCGGAGAGGUAUAGCUGCUAUAGGAACAAAGAUGGCUCCAUACUGAAAGGUGACGAAGACGCGGUGUGGCCUUAUGGGCCGGUCUGCGAGUUGUUCGAGUACACCCACGUGUUACAGAUAACGAUUAAGUAG